AUGAGGAUGAAAAGAGAGGGACAGCUGAGGAUUCAAACCAAGAGGACCUACACCAAGAGGAGCCAUACCAGGAGGACCUACACCAAGAGGACCUACACCCAGAGGAUUCAUACCAAGAGGACCUACACCCAGAGGAUUCAUACCAAGAGGUCCUACACCAAGAGGACCUACACCAAGAGGACCUACACCAAGAGGGUCCACACCAAGAGGCUUCAUACCAAGAGGACCUACACCAAGAGGAUUCAUACCAAGAGGACCUACACCAAGAGGAUCUACACCAAGAGGAUCUACACCAAGAGGACCUACAUCAAGAGGCUCUACACCAAGAGGUCCUACACCAAGAGGACCUACAACAAGAGGAUCUUCACCAAGAAGAUUCAUACCAAGAGGACCUACACCAAGAGGAGCUACACAAAGAUGAUUCACACCAAGAGCACCUACACCAAGAGGUUUCACACCAAGAGGAUUCACACCAAGAGGACUUCCACCAAGAGCGUUCACACCAAGAGGACCUACACCCAGAAGAUUCACACCAAGAGGAUUCACACCAAGAGGUCCUACACCCAGAGGAUUCACACCAAGAGGACCUACACCCAGAGGAUUCACACCAAGAGGCCCUCCUCCCAGAGGAUUCACACCAAGAGGCCCUCCUCCCAGAGGAUUCAUACCAAGAGGACCUACACCUAG